AUUAAAGCCGACAUGAGAGAAAUAAUCAAACAAAGGAGCAACUAGACAACAAAGAGUAGUAGUUGACUUCUAAAUUGUUUUCCUUUACAAAACCAGAAACAAAACUUAGACAAUGUCACUCUUCACCUUUGCUGCUUCCCCUCUUGUUAUUACCCCAACCGUUAGAUCUUUCACCUUCUCACCACCCCGUUGCUCCAAACAAACUGUAAUGUCCGCCGUCCGAUCUGAGUCCACUUCAACAUGUCCUGUUCUGACCAAGUUUCAGAAGAACUGUGCCACCCCUACAACGUUCUUACGCGUCGUAGCCGACGCCAUUGCUGAUGACAUGCAAGCCGGUCUAGCUGUCCAUGGAGGAGGAGAUCUCGAGAUGAUCUUGACUUAUGUGGAUGCUUUGCCUUCUGGAAAGGAGGAAGGUUUGUUCUAUGCAUUGGAUUUAGGUGGAACAAACUUUCGGGUGCGUAGCGUACAGUUAGGAGGAGAGGAAGAACGUGUCGUAGCUACCAAAUCUGAGCAACUAUCUAUUCCUCAGAAGCUUAUGAUUGGUACAAGUGAGGAACUCUUCGGGUUCAUCGCUUCAAAGCUCGCAGAUUUCGUGGCAAUGGAGGAGCCAGGGCGGUUUCGGUUGGAACACGGGAGGAAAAGGGAGAUUGGGUUUACUUUCUCCUUCCCUGUGAAUCAAACCUCCAUUGAUUCAGGAACACUUACCAAGUGGACUAAAGGCUUUAAUGUGUCUGGAAUGGAAGGUAAAAACGUGGUUGCAUGUUUAAAUGAAGCUAUGGAAGCACAUGGACUUGAUAUGCGAGUUUCUGCUCUUGUAAAUGAUGGAGUGGGAACAUUAGCUGGAGCAAGGUAUUGGGACAAAGAUGUGAUGGCCGGUGUGAUUCUUGGCACUGGGACCAAUGCUUGUUAUGUUGAGCAGAAGCAUGCAAUUCCUAAACUCCAAAACCAAUCUUCUUCUGGAACAACGAUCAUAAACACAGAGUGGGGAGGUUUCUCUAAGUGUCUUCCACGAACCAUUUUUGACCAAGAGAUGGAUAAGGAUAGCUUAAAUCCUGGUGAACAUUUAUAUGAGAAGAUGAUCUCGGGGAUGUACCUUGGUGAAAUUGUGAGGAGAGUUUUGCUCCAUAUGUGUCAAACUAGUGACUUGUUCGGACAAUCCGUUCCUGCCAAACUAGCAACUCCUUUGACACUCAAGAGCCAGGAUCUAUGCAAAAUGCAAGAGGACGAUACAGAUGAUCUUUCAAGUGUUGGAUCGAUCCUAUACAACAUUUUUGAGGUAAAGGCGGAUCUGAAGGAGAGGAGGAGAGUGGUGGAAGUGUGUGACACGGUAGUGAAACGCGGAGGACGUCUAGCAGGAGCUGGUAUAGUGGCAAUUCUGGAGAGGAUUGAGAGAGAGACAAAAAGACUGGCUUCAGGUCAAAGAACCGUUGUGGCUAUGGACGGCGCACUCUACGAGAAGUACCCGCAGUAUCGACAGUAUAUGCAAGAUGCACUAGUUGAGCUUCUUGGUGAUGAACUUGCAUGUCACGUUCAGAUUAAACAUACCAAAGAUGUGUCUGGGCUUGGUGCUGCUCUUUUGGCCGCUACUAACUCCAUUUAUUAGUGCAUGAACUUCUACUUCAUGAUAAAAUACUUGGUGCGAUACUGCUGCUCUUUUUUUUUUAAAUCUCUUUUUAACUUCAUGAGUAAAACACGCAUUAUGUCAUCUCUAAUAUAUAAAAGUUGUCAUUUCGAGCUCUUUAUUCUAU